AUGAUGUUCAUACUAUUUCUUUUAGCAUCGGUUCUCGGUGAAGAUGAACCUUCUACUUCCAUAACAGAUAUAAUCACCAAUACUAGAUUAGGUUCACUUACUAUUAAUACCGCCAGAACCACUUCGACCAGUGCAUCAUCAUCAUCAUCAUCAACGUCGAAAAUCACCACUUCAGCAUUACCGUCAUCACUAACCACUGAAGAUGAUAACGAUAAAUCCAUCUUCAAAUUAUUGUUCACCAAGUCAGCUACAGACUAUUAUUACGAUAUACCCGUGACUAUGGGAGGACAAGAGAUGGGUUUGAGGUUGGACUUGCUUCAGAACAAUAUCUGGGUGAUGAACGACGAUUAUUUCUUGAGCUGUGAAGAAAUUAAUUCUUGGUGGUCUUCUCAAGAACAAAUUUGGGGAACGGUGUUGGAUAACGAUACUGCUCUGUUACCAGCAUCAGUGACUACGGCACCGGAAUAUGUAGCCACAGCAUGUGCUGGAGAUGGAAGUUUUACUACAUCAGAUGAUUUCGAUCGUAAUAUGAGUGAUCUGAGAGUUAGUAAUUUGGAGAAUUUCCAACAAAUAAGAGUGCCUUAUAUUGAUGCUAUUAAUGUUACUGGAGAAGUAUUGACGUCAGAUUUUUCCGUGUUAAGCACCAAUAACCAAUCAGUGAUGUUGAAAAAUUUCACAUUCAUAAAUGCCAACUCAUCUUCUGUUAGUGUAGGAGGUUUCGGAUUAGCUGGGAAUUUAUUAAGUGAUUCAGGAUUUACCAAUGGUUUAAUGAGUACUUAUGACUCCAAUGUUAAUGGGUAUUCGUUAUAUUUCAAUAAAUUUACCGAAUCAAAUAUGUCGUUUGCUCAAGUGUUACCAGGAGUGGUGGAUAAGAAAUAUUUCAUUGAUGAUUUAUACCUGUUUGAUCUUUUGGACCAUACGGGUUCAAGGUAUACUUCAGGACAAGGGCUUGAAUUUGAAAACAGUCUUAUGGAUUAUAUGAUUAUCCCAUCGAUUCAAAUUGAUGAUAUUCUUAUGGAGAAUGGUGAUAGCGGAGAAACUUUAACUUUGAAAGGUGAUAGAACUGAUGGAUACGGGGUGAUCUUUGAUACCAGAACAAUCUUUAAUCUGUUACCUUUGGAUGUUAUCAUAAACAUUGCUAUUCAAACCAAUGCUUAUUAUAAUGAACAAGCUGAAAGAUGGAUAGUUGAAUGUGAAACCAUUCGUAACGUUAAUGCCUUGAUAGAUUUCAAGUUUGGAGAUUUGGAGAUCAGAAUUCCUUUAAAUAACUUCCUUAUCAAUGCCACAUCCGAUGGAGAUCCUUUAUUGUUCAAUAAUGGUGAAGCUGCAUGUUACUUGAAGUUUUUACCUACUUCAAACACCUACUUGACAUUGGGAUUAUCAUUCUUAGAAGCCGUAUAUCUUGUUGUUGAUAAUGUUGGUAGUACCAUAGGUAUAGCAAAAACCAACGAUCAAUUGGUUAUCAAAGAGGAAGAUUAUUUACCUCAACAGAAACAAGGUGAUUUCAAAGGUUUUGAUAAUAGUAAUAGUUCUGAUGUUACUACUAUUGGUAGUAUUUCAUCAGGUGUUAUACCAUUUGCUACUCAUGUGAACUAUACUACUCACCAUACUUUGACUUACUUACCAUUCAAUUCAGCUUCUGAUUCAUUAACUAUUCCAGGAAGAUUUUCAGGGAAUUUGAUAACGUCUAAUGAAAUCUUUGCUACACAGAAUUCCACUUCAGGUGUUUCACUUGCUUCAACUACAAGUGAAAGAAGUGGUGGUAAUGGAGAAGGGCCAAAAUCAUGGUUUUGGGUAGGUUUUCUUCUCCCAUUGUCGUUAUUUGUUUUAUAG